CUAUAGUACAUUCACACAUAUUCCGGAAGAUUUUGUGUCUAUAGUAAUUUUAAGAUUAUUACGUAAUUCCGGGCGAUCCUACGCCGAAUUUUCAUUACCUAAGCGCAAUACAUAACCGAAAAUGUUGGGGGCAGUAAGUAGGGUUGGAAGCGGCUUCAUAGCCGCAAAAUCUGCAGCUGAAAAGGCACUCACAGAAUGCAGCAAAGUAGCUGCUGUGACUGUCAGCACCAAACGAGAUUAUGCUGCCAAAGCCGCAGGAAAAAGCCAAGGUAAGGUUGUAGCGGUUAUCGGAGCCGUCGUCGACGUCCAAUUCGAAGACAACUUGCCGUCCAUCCUAAAUGCCUUGGAAGUACAGAAUCGCCAGCCCAGGCUGGUUUUGGAGGUAGCGCAGCACUUGGGUGAGAAUACCGUGCGCACCAUUGCUAUGGACGGUACCGAGGGUCUGGUCCGUGGACAGCUAGUACUCGACUCAGGCUCGCCCAUUCGGAUCCCUGUUGGAGUGGAGACCCUUGGCCGCAUCAUGAAUGUCAUCGGCGAGCCCAUCGACGAGCGCGGCCCCAUCCCAACUGACAAGACGGCCGCCAUCCACGCCGAAGCGCCAGAGUUCGUGGACAUGUCUGUCCAGCAAGAGAUCUUGGUCACUGGAAUCAAGGUUGUUGACUUGCUGGCUCCCUACGCCAAGGGAGGUAAGAUUGGGUUGUUCGGCGGUGCUGGAGUCGGCAAGACUGUAUUGAUUAUGGAGCUGAUCAACAAUGUCGCCAAGGCCCAUGGUGGUUACUCAGUGUUUGCAGGAGUAGGAGAGCGCACACGCGAGGGCAAUGACUUGUACCAUGAAAUGAUUGAGUCUGGUGUCAUCUCUCUGAAAGACAAAACCUCAAAGGUAGCUCUUGUGUAUGGUCAGAUGAACGAGCCCCCCGGCGCCCGUGCCCGUGUUGCAUUGACUGGAUUGACCGUUGCUGAAUAUUUCCGUGACCAGGAAGGACAAGAUGUGCUGCUUUUCAUUGACAACAUCUUCCGUUUCACCCAGGCUGGUUCAGAGGUGUCUGCUCUGUUGGGUCGUAUCCCCUCUGCUGUAGGUUACCAACCCACCCUAGCUACUGACAUGGGUACCAUGCAGGAGAGAAUCACCACCACCAAGAAGGGCUCUAUCACCUCCGUGCAGGCUAUCUAUGUGCCAGCUGAUGACUUGACUGACCCUGCUCCUGCCACCACCUUCGCUCACUUGGAUGCCACCACUGUAUUGUCCCGUGCCAUUGCCGAAUUGGGCAUCUACCCCGCAGUGGACCCUCUUGAUUCCACAUCUCGUAUCAUGGACCCCAACAUCAUUGGCGCCGAGCACUACAACAUUGCCCGUGGCGUGCAGAAGAUCCUACAGGACUACAAGUCUCUCCAGGAUAUCAUUGCUAUCCUGGGUAUGGAUGAGUUGUCUGAGGAAGACAAGCUGACUGUAGCUCGUGCCCGCAAGAUCCAGAGGUUCCUGUCCCAGCCUUUCCAGGUGGCUGAGGUGUUCACCGGACAUGCCGGCAAGCUGGUGCCCCUAGACCAGACCAUCAAGGGCUUCUCUCAGAUUUUGGGAGGCGAGUAUGAUCAUCUGCCUGAGGUUGCAUUCUAUAUGGUUGGACCUAUUGAAGAAGUUGUUGCUAAGGCUGAAUCCUUGGCCAAGAGCUCUUCUUAAGUGUGGAUGAGAUGUAAUUGUAUUUCUAAAUAAGAAUAAAAUAUAGUUAUACCAUUAA